UCUGUAACUCUAUCGCAUCCCCUUCCAAACCUCUAUAUAAAUAAGUAAAUAAUCUCAAUCUCUAUUGUAUUGUUGUUUAUUGAUUUGAAUUGCUCAAGAAAUAAAAAAGGGGCCUAGAGAUGCUGGGCCUGAGCUUCUCCUUGAUCCAGCUGCUCAUGGAUGUGAUGGUUGCAGGGAUGUCCCUGAUUUUGGUUCUGGGCAUCUUUUCCUUUGUUGCCUCAAUCCUUUGCUCUGCUGCUUUUCUCCAUAACUCCAAGAAUGUUUCUUAGAUCAUCGUGGCCGAGGCCCAGCAGGAAUGUUUGCAUUAAUCAUGUGAAUUCUCAAAGGUGGAUUUUCUGAUGGAAGCCCGGCGCAAUUGGGAGUUUGAAUUUAGUCAUUUGUAUUUGCCGACAUGUAUCUUUCUCUAGGAACUUGUAACCUUAUGGUGUUUCUAUAAUAAGCAGCAGGGAGAAUGAUGUUCAAAGAUGAAACCAGCUUCGUUAUACUCUAGUGUUUGUCAAUGGCGAAAAGUUCUCUCUGAAACUUCUCA